UCCCACACAUCUCUUCCGUAAAAAACACCAAAAUUCCACAUCCCUCACAAAAAAAAAGUUGCACAGGAAGAAGUUAAACCAUUCCAUCAGCAACAUCAGUCACAAUGGCCGACAACCGAAUCACCUACCGCCGUCGCAACCCGUACAACACCACCUCCAACAAGAUCCGUGUCAUCAGGACUCCCGGUGGUGAGUUGCGAGCUCUUCACAUCAAGAAGCGAGGAACCGCCCCGAAAUGCGGUGACUGUGGUGUCAAGCUGCCCGGCAUUCCCGCUCUCCGACCCCGCGAAUACUCUCAGAUCUCCCACCCCAAGAAGACCGUCCAGCGAGCGUACGGUGGUUCAAGAUGCGGUAACUGCGUGCGAGACAGAAUCGUGCGCGCUUUCCUGAUUGAGGAGCAGAAGAUCGUGAAGAAGGUGCUCAAGGAGCAAAGCGAGGGUUCCAAGAAGAAAUAAACUACCGAAUGACUCUGGGAUGGAAUGGUUCGGCCUUCAUUGAUUUGGUGUUCAGAGGGACAGGGCUGCAUGUCAUGCGAACGGCUACUGAAUAGCCCGUAUCUGUUUCUAGGGCUUCUAGGGCUUCUUCUCAUGGUCUAGAUGAUCGGAAUGGUAUAAACGACAUCAGGACUAUCACUAGUUCCUAUCAUUCGUACCUACUUCGCCGUGAUACGAAUUUGCCGACUUAAUGGGCAUGGUAGUAAUUUUUUUUCUUUCUUGUGUCCCUGUCUUAUUGUGAGGGCAUCGCUUCAACCGUGAGAAUAUCUGGAUUGGGUUUACUAUGCCAUUCACUUGUCCCUGUAUGGAGAACGUAGGCGCUCUUUCUAUGUUGUAGUACUUUCUAACACACGAGACGUCUGAUAGCCCUUGUUUCUUAUUCGAAACUGGGUAUAUCAUUGAAUAUAAUACGUUUUGAAGUGGUAAACAAGGUAUUCUAAUUUAUCAUUUUGAAGUCAGUAUACAUGUGUAAUUGGUACCUAGAC